GGUACCUACUUCAAUUAUAUAUUCCUGUGAACCCCAUCUGUCAACCCAACCUAACCGGAAGGGCAAGAAGAAGUCUCUGGGAAACCAAAAGAAUGAGCUGGUGGUGGUCUGGAGCGAUUGGAGCUGCAAAGAGGAAGCUCCAAGAGGAUGAGGCACACCCCACCAACUACCAGGGUGUUGGGCUGAUUGUAGGUGUCACCGGCAUCGUUGGUAACAGCCUUGCUGAGAUCCUUCCACUCCGGGACACUCCCGGCGGUCCCUGGAAGGUCUAUGGUGUCGCCCGCAGGCCUCAGCCGGCCUGGAACGCCGACAACUGUGUCGAGUACAUCCAGUGUGAUGUGUUUGACCCGGAAGAAACUUCGUCAAAGCUCUCCAAGCUGACUGAUGUCACACACAUAUUCUAUGUGACAUGGGCUAAUAUGGGCAGUGAAGCUGAGAAUUGCAGAGUUAAUGGUGAUAUGUUUAGGAAUGUUCUGAGUGCGGUGAUCCCAAAUGCCCCAAAUUUGCAGCACAUUUGCUUGCAAACUGGAAGAAAACAUUAUAUAGGUCCAUUUGAGGCUCUAGGCAAGAUUGAACCUCAUGAUCCUCCGUAUCAUGAAGAGAUGCCCAGAUUAGAUGUUGAGAAUUUUUACCAUGUACAAGAAGAUAUACUGUUUGAGGAGGUGAGGAAGAAGGAGGGCUUGACAUGGUCAGUGCACAGGCCUGGCGUCAUUUUUGGGUUUUCGCCUUACAGCAUGAUGAAUGCAAUUGGGACUCUGUGUGUCUAUGCCACAAUCUGCAAGCAUGAGGGUUUACCAUUAAGGUUUCCGGGAACCCAAGACACAUGGAAUGGAUAUUGGGAUGUUUCCGACGCAGACCUAAUUGCUGAGCAUCAUAUAUGGGCUGCAGUUGAUCCUUUCGCAAAGAAUGAGGCAUUUAAUUGUAGUAAUGGGGAUGUGUUCAAGUGGAAGCAUCUGUGGAAGGUGUUGGCAGAGCAGUUUGGAUUGGAGUUCCAUGAACCUGAGGGGCAGGGAUUGAGCUUGGAGAAGAUGAUGAAGGACAAAGGACCAGUGUGGGAUGAGAUUGUGAGGGAGAAAGGCCUGGUCCCAACCAAAUUGGAGGAGGUUGGGCAGUGGUGGUUUGCAGAUGUUGUUCUGAGUGCUGGGUCAUCAUUGGAUAGUAUGAACAAGAGCAAAGAACAUGGAUUCUUGGGGUUCAGAAACUCAAAAUCGUCUUUCCUUUCUUGGAUCGAUAAAAUGAAAGCUUAUAAAUUUGUUCCUUAAGUUGAUUCCUUCAGGGUUUCUUGGUGCUACUCAGUAUCUGCAAGUGUUUGUUCUAGUGUAAUAAAAGCAAACAGGCAAACAGUUACAACAUUGUACUGGCUUCGUUGUUGUUGUUUCUCUCAAAUAUUAUGUCAAAUUCUGAAUUCGGGUUUGAGGGCUAGCAGCUCAAACAUCAGGGCUCUGGUUUGAUUGUAAAGAUUCAUAAAACUUAGUCAAUGAAGAUCUCUAUCAUGUACUCUUUCCUCUUCAAA